GUCUCUUCGCCUCUCAAUAGAUUUCGACAAUGUCUCUGCUCCGUGCUUAUAAGCAGGGAAUACCCAGACGGGCACUUCCUGCGUGUCCAACUUAUACGCGCCGUUUCUUUGCGGAAACUCCCAACCAGCCGGUUCGCACUGGCGAUGCCCCCCAGAAAGACACCACCCAAAUUGCGGAGGUGGCUCAUACUGAUGUAUUGACGGCUGAAGUCAUAAGUGGUGCUCCAGCGGAGCUCCGGCAUCGCAUGGUACGGAUCUAUCAACCAGCCCGUAACACCAUGCAAAGCGGGGCAGGAAAGUCAGAGCGGUGGCGCAUUGACUGGGAUAUUUUGUCGGGAGCAGGUCGGUGGGAGAAUCCUUUGAUGGGUUGGGCCAGUUCCGCGGAUUACAUGCAGGGUACCAGAAUGUCAUUCAGAAGCAAGGAGGAUGCCAUGCACUUUGCAGAAAAACAAGGCUGGAAUUACUAUGUACAACCACCACCCACCAAGAAAAUCCCUCCAAAGAACUAUUCAGAGAAUUUCGUGUACAGGCCGAAUAAACUACGGAUAAUGCGCACGAAGUAGACUGUCAUUCUGUCCAUAGAACUACUGCACCUGAUCCACAAGUCUGCAAUUGGUUGGAACUUAA